GGAGGCGGGCGCAUGGCGCAGGCGCCUGGCCCCAGGGGGGAGCCGGCUCCGGGGUGAAGGGAGGGGCGGCCCCAGCCGAGCCGAGCUGCGCGGCGGGCACAAAGCCGCGGCCCCUCCCCGUCCCUCGGCCCGGCCCCCGCCAGCGCUGCCCGUUGCUGGCCGGCGGUGUGAGGUAAGGGGCGGGCGAGGGAAUCGCGGCCCGCCGGGGCCGGGCUGGAGGGGGCCGUUGGAAACCGCCUGCCCCGAGCGGGCGGACCGGAGGAGGCGAGGGCCGCGGAGCAGGCCGGUGCCGGCCGCGGGCUGAGCCGGGAAGCGUCGCCCUCUGCCCCGCCGGGACGCAGGAGUUCAAGGCAUACAGUGGAGUCUUCCUGGGGAAGAUGUCGUCUUUGACAAUGAAAGCCCGUUGUCUGGACAAAAGGGGAAGUUUCUUUAAGCUCAUUGACACAAUUGCCUCAGAAAUCGGAGAACUGAAACAGGAGAUGGUACAGACAGAUCUCACAGUGGAAGAUGAAUCUGCUGAUUUGCGAAGUCUAGUAAAGGACAUGGAUAAUGUUUCUCCUGAGAAAAAUGAUGUAAAAAGCUGCCCCCGGGACUCUGGAUAUGACAGCCUAUCCAACAAGCUAAGCAUAUUGGACAAGCUCCUCCAUACUCACCCUGUGUGGCUGCAGCUUGGUCUGAAUGAUGCUGAAGCCAUGGAAAUUCUGCGGGCCCAGCCUCCUGGGAUAUUUCUGGUUAGGAAAUCUUCAAGAUUGCAGAAGAAAGUCAUCUCUCUGCGUCUGCCCACUGACUGUGGGUCCUGCCUAAAAGAAUUUGCAGUAAAAGAAAGCACAUACACAUUUUCCUUGGAGGGAUCUGGAAUAAGUUUUGCUGAUUUAUUCAGGCUCAUUGCUUUCUACUGUAUUAGCAGGGAUGUCCUUCCAUUCACCCUGAAGUUGCCUCAUGCUAUUGCUGCAGCAAAGACAGAAGCUGAACUUGAAGAGAUUGCUCAGCUUGGACUGAACUUUUGGAGCUCCCCAGCUAACAGCAACCCCCCGGAUCCUUCACCUCCCCGUAAGCCCGUGCCUUCGGAUAGUGCUUGUAAAGACUCGCGUCAGCUCUGCCUUAUAAAUGGAGUGCAUUCUAUACGAACCAGAACGCCUUCGGAGCUGGAGUGCAGCCAGACCAACGGAGCGCUGUGUUUCAUUAAUCCUCUCUUCUUAAAAGUGCACAGCCAGGAUGUCAGUGGAAGUCUGAAAAGGCAGAGCCCGAGAACUCCAGACGUGAAUGGCACAGCGAGGCCUCGCUCCCCCCCGCCCCGGCCACCACCUCCUUCUAUUAAUAGCAUCCUGACGAGUCCACAGCUUUCCAGGACUAUAAAGCAGGCGAGCAUGCCAGAAACAGUCAACCAUAAGAAAGAGAGAGGCUUGGAUUUGCUGCAGAAUAAACCAACCCCUAUUCCGCCUCCUCGGCUGAAGAAGCAGGCUGUUUGCUCGGAGGUGGAAGGUAGCUCAAAAACCGCAGCAGUAACUCGACCUGGCUGCAGCUCGGUGCGUGUGCCCGAAGCCGCUGGCGUUCCAGGUGAAACCCUGCCUGAGCCGGCUCCAGCAGCUGCCAAAAAGACGGUCGCAACCAGCUCUGAGUCACACAUACCGUGGAAUGGAGGCAGGCAGAGACUGAGCGACAUGAGCAUUUCCACCUCCUCGUCUGACUCGCUGGACUUAGAUCGGAGCAUGCCGCUCUUUGGCUAUGAGGGGGACACUAACAGCAGCCUGGAGGAUUUUGAGGGGGAAAGCGACCAAGAGAGCAUGGCACCCCCCUUGAAGCCCAAGAAGAAAAGAAACAGUUCGUUUGUUCUCCCCAAGAUUGUGAAAUCUCAGCUGCGGAAAGUCAGUGGAGUUUUCAGUUCCUUCAUGACCCCUGAAAAGAGGAUGAUUAAGAAAAUCGCGGAGAUGUCCCGGGACAAACGCACUUAUUUUGGAUGCCUAGUGCAGGACUAUAUCAGCUUUCUCCAGGAAAACAAGGAGUGCCAUGUUUCCAGCACUGAUAUGCUGCAAACGAUUCGACAGUUCAUGACCCAAGUUAAGAACUAUUUGUCCCAAAGCUCCGAACUUGAUCCCCCAAUCGAAUCGCUGAUUCCGGAGGACCAAAUAGAUGUUGUCCUGGAGAAGGCCAUGCAUAAGUGCAUUCUGAAGCCGUUGAAGGGCCACAUUGAAGCGAUGUUGAAAGAGUUUCAUACUGCGGAUGGUUCUUGGAAACAGCUGAAGGAAAACCUGCAGUUGGUACGGCAGAGGAAUCCUCAGGAACUGGGUGUGUUUGUUCCAACACCGGACUUUGUGGACGUUGAAAAGAUUAAAGUCAAGUUCCUGACCAUGCAGAAAAUGUAUUCACCUGAAAAGAAAGUCAUGCUGCUGCUGAGAGUUUGCAAAUUGAUUUAUACUGUUAUGGAGAAUAACUCAGGGAGGCUGUAUGGAGCUGAUGACUUCUUGCCUGUGUUGACAUACGUACUAGCCCAGUGUGAUAUGCUGGAGCUGGAUACUGAAAUUGAAUACAUGAUGGAAUUGCUGGAUCCAUCGUUGCUGCAUGGAGAAGGAGGCUAUUACUUGACAAGCGCUUAUGGAGCACUUUCACUGAUCAAGAACUUCCAAGAAGAACAAGCUGCCCGACUGCUAAGUUCAGAAGCCAGAGAUACUCUCCGGCAAUGGCACAAGAGGAGGACAACUAACAGGACGAUACCUUCAGUUGAUGAUUUUCAGAACUACCUUCGUGUUGCAUUCCAGGAAGUUAACAGUGGAUGUACAGGAAAGACCUUACUAGUAAGACCGUAUAUCACUACCGAAGAUGUGUGUCAGCUUUGUGCUGAAAAGUUUAAAGUGGACAAUCCAGAAGAAUAUAGCCUGUUUCUUUUUGUUGAUGACACCUGGCAGCAACUGACAGAGGAUACCUACCCCCAGAAAAUUAAGGCAGAGUUGCACAGCCGACCGCAACCCCAGGUCUUCCACUUUGUCUACAAGCGCAUUAACAGUGAUCCAUAUGGUGCCAUUUUUCAAAACAACGAUGACUCAGCUUCUUAAAACCAGCAACUCAUCGUUUAAUUUCUGUUCCUUGUUAACUGGUGAAAACAUCUUUGUUGGCUGCCUUCCUUAGGAGCUCAAACAGGUCUUAUGCCACAAAUGCCUUGUAAAACAGGCGCAGACACUUCUAGCAUUGCUUACAAAAUCCCAUGUAAACCGUGCACAUGGCCAGUUAUGCGCAAUGUUCCACCAGCGUGUUUGAGUAAACAGCCCAUGAGGCUGAAUCCCUUGUACCACAGACUCUUUUGAAGCGUAUUAUACUGUGGCCCUCUGCAGGUCUUUUGCUGUAGUGUGCAAAAAUAUAUUUUCUUACACUCAUCUUUUAGCCAAAUGUAAUUUUGAUUUAAAUAUAUGUACACUAGACAAGUAUUUCAGUAAACUGGCUGGUAUGAGCUCAGUUUCACCAGCAUGAGUUUGACAAGACUGUCCGAUGCAGGGCAUCAGUUAACUCGUAAUUACCUGGAUGAUUGCAUCCUUUCCUAAUGUUUUUGAUUACAGAAAAUUGCCAUGUUUUUAUAUAUAUAUAUAUAUAUCAUAGAAAUUUUAUAGCAGUUGCAGGUAAACUGUCAGGGUUGGUUUUUGAAAUAUUUUUUUAACUAUAAAGUAUUCUAUAAUUAUGCAUGUGAUUUUAACAUUUAAUAUACAAGAAUAAAUCUCUUGCUGGUUUUAGAGUAUUGCAUUAAAAGUCUCUGUGGUUUCUCUUCUUUUACCGUUACAGGAGAGUUCUUAUGAAACUUCUGUUAUCUAUAAGAAGAUUGUAACAUUGGCACUGGCCAAUGUUUCAGUGCCUUUAUCUGAACUUGAUGUACUGUUAUCUGGAUUAUUGUUUAUAUGCAUUCUUUUAAACAGAACUAGGGGGUUGUAAGAGGAAAUUGAAAGAAAAGGAUGUAGAGAAGGGGCAGAGAAAGAAUGUAGAGAACCUAAUUUAGGAUUAAAAUGCGUUAGUCUGCUGGUUCAGGCUUCUUGCAGAAAAUAAGCGAAGGAGGUUGGUAAGGAACUUUUUAUGUAAGCAGCGUUGUAGAUUUGCAGAGGGAUUUGACAGCACCUAUCCCAGAUAAUAUUUGUGUUAGCAAAGGAUUAAAUAUAUAUCGGUAAGGUGAAGGAGAACACUAACUAUUUUGUAUAGUCUGUCACCAACAUCAAAAUGUAUCUUGGACUGAAGAAUGUGGUGUAGCAUUUCGUGGUUCUAAGUUACUCGGUAGGUGAGUGUGAAAGUCAGUCCUGUGUGUGCAAAGAUAAAAUGGUAUUAAAUGUGUCUGUUCUAUAGAUUUGUCCAAGAUAGCUGAUGCUGUGGGUGACGCUCUGGACCCUACUUAAGUCAAUUAGGGCUACUCUCUUUAGAGAGGGACUUGGCGUUCUCCCCGAGUCCAGUGUGAGCGGUGUAACACAAGGCAGGUGAUUACAAAAACGUCACGAGCAGCAUGUGUAUUGUACAUACGGAGAUCUGUAGCAUUUCUGUCAGUUUGCCGUGUAUCUGAAACCCCUGGCACGUGUUUGUAUUUCAUUCUGUAAAUGGUGAGUUUUGCACAUAAUAAUACAUUGUAAUACUGAACUGUAA